CGAGCGCGCGCAGGGAGCAUGGCGUCCGCCAGGAAACGUAAGCGGGGACUCAGCAGCCCUGAGGAAGGAGAUUUACGUGACUCUGCAUUACCUUUGAACACAUCUAGUGCUGAAGGUGAUGCUAUCAAAGUCUGUGUAAGGGUACGUCCACCUUCAGAGGGAACCGCUUUAGGCAAUGAACAUCAAGGCUUGUGUUUAUCUGUUCUUUCCUCAAAAACCAUCCGUCUGCAUUCGAAGCCUGAACCAAAGAUCUUCACUUUUGACUAUGUUGCAAAUAUGGAAACAACACAGGAGUCAGUUUUCUCAACUGUGGCCAAAAAUAUUGUUGAAUCUUGUAUGAAUGGCUACAAUGGAACAAUCUUUGCAUAUGGCCAGACUGGGUCAGGAAAAACCUUUACUAUGAUGGGACCAUCUGAAUCUGGUAAUUUCACUCACAGUCUGAGGGGUGUCAUUCCACGGAGCUUUGAAUACUUAUUUUUUCUAAUUGAACGGGAAAAAGAAAAGGCUGGCAAUGGAAAGAGUUUUCUCUGCAAAUGCUCAUUUAUUGAAAUCUACAAUGAACAGAUAUUUGACUUGCUAGAUUCUGCUUCAGCUGGGCUCUUUCUCAGAGAACACAUCAACAAGGGAGUCUUUGUUGAUGGGGCUGUUGAACAGGUGUUGUCAUCUGCUGCUGAAGCAUACCAGGUAUUAUCUAUGGGCUGGAGAAACCGUCGUGUAGCAUCAACCUCAAUGAACAGGGAAUCCUCAAGAUCACAUGCAGUUUUCACUGUCACAGUGGAAUCCAUGGAGAAAACCAAUGAGGUGGUUAAUAUUCGGUCUUCCCUGCUCAACCUGGUAGACUUGGCAGGAUCUGAGAGACAGAAAGACACCCAUACAGCGGGAAUGAGAUUAAAGGAAGCAGGUAACAUAAAUCGAUCACUAAGUUGCCUGAGCCAAGUAAUGACAGCACUUGUUGAUAUUGGUAAUGGAAAACAGAGGCACGUUUGUUACCGAGAUUCCAAGCUCACGUUUCUGUUACGGGAUUCCCUUGGUGGUAAUGCAAAAACCUGUAUAAUUGCAAAUGUUCAUCCAGGAUCCAGGUGCUUUGGUGAAACCCUGUCCACUCUUAAUUUUGCUCAGCGAGCAAAGUUGAUUAAGAACAAGGCUGUGGUAAAUGAAGACACACAAGGAAAUGUGAGGCAGCUGCAAGCUGAGGUCAAGAAGCUGAGAGAGCAGCUUACUCAACUUACUUCAGUGCCAUCUAUGCGUGAUAUUUCUGUAUCACAAGGUGCUGCUGAAAAAGGGCACAACCAGCUAAACUACAUGAAUAAGUUUCUUGAAGCAAUGUUGUUCUGGGAGAAAUCAGAAGGUGAAAAGAAGAAUUUAUUAGAAAAAAUUGCUCAACUAGAAGACCUGUGUGGCAAGAAGGAGAAAUUUAUUCAAUCCAACAAAAUGAUAGUUAAAUUCCGUGAAAACCAUAUUGUUCGCUUGGAGCGGUUACAUAAAGAGGCUGGUGGAAGCUUAUUGCCAAAAGAACAAGAUGAUCUCUUCAGUGAACUUAGGGAGGAAUUGCGGAUGCUCAAAGAACAGGUGGAACAGCACCCACAGAUUGCAAAGUAUGCCAUGGAGAACUAUAACCUCAGAGAGGAGAACAAAAAACUCCGUUCUUUGCAGUCAGUUAAAAAGGCUCAGGAAAUAGAUGCCAACACAAUAGUGGAAUUGGAAAGAGCUUUCUCAGAAGCUUCAGCCACAGAGAAAAAUACUGGAGGUCAUCAUUUAUAUUCCACCACCAUAUCAGUGGAAGGCAAUUCACUGGCAUCUGUUGAAAGGCUGAAAGCACGUCUGCUACAGACUCAAAGUGAACUGGCAAGUUCAAAACAAGAAUAUGAAGAAUUUAAAGACCUAACCAAGAAAAAGCAUAUGGAAAUGGAAUCAGAGCUUCAGUCCCUUCGGAAAGCAAACCAACAUCUCGAAAACAUACUGGAAGCAACUAAAGCAAGCAAGCGCCUAGAAGUCUCUCAGUUACACAAGCUACGCAGAGAAACUCUGAAGAACAUAACCACUCCAUCAAAAGCCUACCAGCUGAGAUCCCGCCUAGUGCCGCGGGUCAGCCCGGAGAUCCUAGCUCAUCAUUCUGAAGCUUUUCAGUGUUCUGAAGAGGUGAUGGAUGAUGUUUCAAAAGAGCCAGUUUCCCCAGAGGUGAAUGAACAAGAAGCAUAUGAGGCUAUGGUUGAGGAACUCAAACUGGCACAGGAGCAACUGAGCACAAUGCAGACAAAGCUGGAUGAAGAGGAAAGCAAGAAUCUGAAACUCCAGCAGCAUGUUGAUAAACUGCAGCAUCAUUCUGCACAAAUACAGGAGCUUCUUUCAUCUGAAAGGAAUGACUGGAAUAAACAACGCCAGGAGCUCCUGGAACAGAUAAAAUCACUUGAAAAGCAAUUUCAAGACAGCCAAAGCAAUACUGAUAUAUUAAAAAGUGAAGUCUGUGACUUGCGCAUUGUCCUGAAGUCUGCAGACAAGGAGUUGUCUGCUGUAAAACUGGAAUAUCGUGCCUUUAGGGAAAAGCAAGAGAAAGAAAUGAGCCAGCUUUCUGCUAGACAUAUGGAUGUACAGUUCCAGCUGGACAGUGUCAGGCUAGAACAUGAGAAGAUCCUCGAGGAAAAAGCAAGCCUGCAGGAUGACUAUGACAACUUGCAGGAAGUAGCCAAGUUUGAGACAGAUCAGCUGAAGCAACAGCUUGAACAAGAAGCAGAAGCAAUGAAAACUGAGCUUCGUAAUCUUUACGAACUCCUGAAAACAGAAAAAGAACUUAAUGAAAAACUAACAUUAAGAUUGCAAGAAGAAACCAGUUCAAAGGAGCUCUUGAAAGAGCUCGGAAAAGCACAGGUGGAGAAGCCAUCCUCUGAAAUGGUGACUCAGUGUGAGCAGCAGGAAGCAAAACUGCAGAAAUUGGAACAGGAGCUGGCUGCUGCUGAAGAAAUGAUUGUUUCUUUGAAGAAGACAAAUGAUACAGAUAAGGAAGUUGUAACUGACUUGAUGAGACAGAUCCAGGAGCUGAGGUCUUCACUUAAUCAUAAAACUGAGUCCCUAGAUGGUCUGACAAGAGAGCUCGAGGAUAUAAAUUGCAAGUAUAAUCUUCUUCUGGCUGCAAGAGAAGAAAGCAAAGGAAUCAUACAGGAUCAGGAAAAGAAGAUUGAAGAGCUGAAGGAAGCCUUGGAGAGAAGCAAAAUAGCUGAUAACAUUGAGAGAGAUCUUCUGUGUGAAGACUUACAUCACACUGUUGAUCAGCUAAUAAAACUGACUGAAGCCUCCAAGAAGCAUGAUUCAUUGCUUCAAUCUGCACAGGAAGACAUAACAAAGAAAGAAGCCUUAAUCCAGGAACUCAGGGAACAGUUGGACAAAGCGACAGAAGAACUGGAGAAGAGGAAGAAUGAAUAUGAACUAAAAAUGAAGCAACUAGAUUGCUUUUUUGUCUCAUCUUCAGAAAUAUUUCCUCAGUGUGCAAAAACUCCCCCUAAGUUUGAUGUGAAUUUGGCAAAGCUCUUGGAAACUCGUGAGCAAGAAAUAGCUGAUCGGAGGGCUUCUGCCAUAAACCUGGAGCACCUUGUGCAUGAGCUGAAUGAAGAACGAAAAGCUAAAAACGCUGAAAUUCUAAGGCUGAAGGAACAAUUAAAUGAGUUGGAGAACUUGCGUCUGGAAAUGCAGGUACUGGUGGAGAACAACAGGAACUUACAGAACCUUGUAGAAGCUCAGAGACCAAGCAAGAACAGUAACCAGAAACAGCCUGAUGCUCAGUACCUCAAAGAGAAAGAGGAGGAGGUUGCUGAAGAACAAUGUGCCAAGAAUAAAGCAGUGGAGGAGAUGCUGAAAAUCAAAGCAGAAUUAGAAGAAACCAAAAAUAACCUCAAAAUCAAAGAGAAUACUUGUCUUGAAAUUAAUCUGGAGAUGGAGCGAACGAGAGCUCUGGAGCUCAAAGCCUUUAAUGAAAAAGAAGAAAUCAGGUCAAAACUGGAGGAAAUGUAUGAAGAGAGAGACAGACUUGCAAAGGAAAUGGACUUGCUGAGGAAGCAGAUGAAGUCUCUUGCGGAGGAAAACGGGAAAUUGAUUGGUCAUCAAAACCUAAAACAGAGGAUUCAGUAUCUUGUGAAACUGAAGAAAGAUUACACUGAGCUUAGUGCGGAGACUGAAAAACUAAGAGUUGAAAAUGCUUCUCUGAAAGAAUCAAGAAGAUGUGAGUCCUGCAGACAUCGGGAGCAGCUCUGACACAGCUUCAGGGACAGGGUUUUAAAGUGUACAGAAGAAGCAAACACCAAGUGUCAAAAUCUUAUUUUCCUGGGACCACAGCAAAAGUCAAGUCAUUUAGUUCCUGGAUUUUGGGCUGGUAAUAACCUCUAGUGAAGAAUUGAAUUCAGCCAUGUGGGCAGCUAUCAGUGACCUAUCGUCACCUUCCUGGCAUUUCUCACAAACUGGUUUUUGUAUCAGUGCUAGAAGGUACUUCCUUGAACCUGUCAAUAAUAUUAUCCACCUGGUUUUGGUUAUUUUAUACAGUACUUACUUUUGCCCACAAAGAAAUGGGGCAAGAGCAGAUGAAGGGAAAGAUCUAUGUCAGUUGGAGUGCAAGUUUCCUAGUGAGUUCCUGCACUAUUUGACUGAAGGGAAGAAGAAUAAUGCUUAUCUAUGGAUUUUGGAGUUGCCUAAUCCUCCAAAUUUACUUGAACUUUGAUGUGAAGUCGUAAGGUAAAAAAUACACCUUAAACUGGGGCAUUUAUUUUCCUGUAGACAAAUAGCAUAGUUGUAUGCUUUCUGUGUUGUAUGUCUGUAGUAGAACUUAUACUCCAUCCUUUUCUAACAUAAAUAAACCCUUUGUAUAUAAACCACAAUGGCCCCCAUUCGUUUUUCCUUCUCACCCUUCACCAACACAACCCAGCAGCAGGGAGGAGAGGGGCUGCUGGGGGAGGCAGUGCACCACUGGAUACGGAAGGAGGAAAUGGCACAGGGAAGCAGCUUGUUGCCAUUAAAGCAUGCUCUGCAUUAUUCAGGGCUUUGCUUCUUCCUGCAUCUGUAAAGGGGAAGGAGCAUAUGGGGUCGUCAGAGGGGUUUGGAAGCAGAGGGGAGUGAACCCAUCCAUGGCUCAGCUGCUUGAGGGCACCAACAAGGUGAGGAAUGUGGUGGGCACACAGGGAGCAGAUGGAACCUGUCUGCUGGUGUGCAACAGAGAAGUGAAUUAUGGGGAUGCCUGAGACCAAACCUGCCUCUGAAAGCCCUUUUGCAGUGGAUUUAUGCCAGUUUGACUUUAAAAGCAGGGUUUUGGUAGGCUCGAGUGCUAAAUGCAGCCUGUUGUUUCAUUGAUAGAGACUCAGAAUGGUUUGGGUUGGAAAGGACCUUAAGCUCAUCCAGUUCCAGACCCCUGGCACACACAGGGACACCUUCCACCAGAGCAGAUUGCUCCAAGCCCUGUCCAGCCUGGCCUUGAAUACCGUCAGGGAUGGGCAGCAUCCAUGCUGGGAAAGUGGGAACGGGGUGUGUUGGUGGAGGGCAGGAAGGGAAAAUGGAUGUGGGCAAUGGUGGUUUAUAUGCAAACCUUAUAUGUACUGCAUCCUAUUACUUUAUAGAAGGAUGGAGUAUGUAAGUUCUACAACAGGCAUACAACACAGGCUCAGGAAUAAGCAAGCUUGUGGCAGGGAUCACAAAGGGAGGGACAGAAACCACUGCUUGAACAGACUAAUCCAGAAACAGCCACACAACCCAAACCAGUUUAGGAUUCUAUGGUUAUUAAAAAGGGUUAAAAACCAAAACCUCAGUCCUUGUUAAUUGUGAUGCUCCUUUUGUGUGUCUCAGAAAAGGUGGCAGAAAGGAGAACUGAGAAACUGAAAUCCUGAUGCUCUUAUCAGUGUGGGUUUUG